CCCCGUCGCGGGGCCUCCGCCUUAUCGCGUCGUCACUUACUGAUCAAUUGAAUUGUUACAACUCUCCAAUUGCUUCUGCACGAGAUGUCGGUGCGCAGGAUUGUAACAAGAUCCCCUGCCCUGCGCCGCUGCUUUUCAAGCGCGCGAGUUCACCACGCGGACUUCACCCAUGCGGUUAUUGGCGCCGGUGUCGUCGGCCUCUCAGUAGCCAGACAACUUGCCGCGCACGAGGGAACUUCUACGAUUCUUCUUGAACGACACGAUGCACCAGGCACCGAGACGAGUAGUCGCAACUCCGAGGUCAUCCACGCCGGCCUCUACUACCCGGCCGACUCCCUAAAAACAAAACUUUGCAUCCGCGGCCGCAAUCUCCUCUACGAACUGUGCUCCAAGCACGCCAUACCCCACCGCAACACCAAAAAAUGGAUCGUCGCACAAACCCCUGAACAAUGGGAAGCUUGUCUACGGGUCCACACCCACGCCCAAGCCUUAGCCGACGCCCCGACUCGGCUCGUCGGUGCCGCCGAAGCGGCCACCCGAGAACCCGACGUUAGAGCCGAAGCGGGUAUCGUCGAGAGCGAGACUACCGGUAUAGUGGAUAGCCACUCGCUGAUGACGUAUCUGCACGGUGACUUUGAAGAUCGCGGUGGGGACUGCGCGUUUAAGACGCGCGUGACAGGCGUCGAGCCCAUUGUCGGUGGGGGGUAUAAAAUCAGGGCUGUGUCCGGUGAGGAUGGUUCGGAGACGAGCAUCACCGCCGACACGGUGAUUAAUAGUGCGGGCCAUGGUGCUUGCGCGAUAAAUAAUCUGCUGCUCCCAGUAGAGCGUCAUCGAGUCCCGCAUUAUGCGAAGGGCACGUACUUCUCGUACAGUGCGUCACGACCUCGAACCUCGGUGCUGGUAUACCCAGUAACGAUGCCGGGACAUGGGGGUCUGGGAACGCAUCUGACGCUCGACAUGGGUGGGCGAAUUCGCUUUGGGCCGGAUGUUGAGUGGGUGGAUGAUCCUAAUGAUCUACAGCCUAGCAGCGCGCGUUUGGAGCAGGCCAUCCCCGAGAUCUUGUCUUAUAUGCCCGGCGUGGAUCCGUCGGCCAUCGCGUUGGAUUACUGCGGUAUUCGGCCGAAACUGGGCCGUGGCGGUGCUGUGAAUGUAGGCCAGGGAUUCCAGGACUUUAUUAUCCAAGAGGAAGAGGGUUUCCCUGGAUUUGUGAACCUGUUGGGAAUUGAAAGUCCGGGCUUGACCAGUUGCUUGGCUAUUGGGGAGAUGGUCGAUGGAAUACUCUAUCGGUAGGUGAGAGAAACACCGACGUAUUGCGUAUUUUUGUGUUUAGCGUUGUGAGCUCUUUGCUCUCUGUACAGAAAAGGACCCUUGCAUGAGAUAUAGACAACAUGGUUCAACGCUGGAGCAAUAUUUAAGCAGUGCUUUACCUAUGUACCUAUUUUCAUUAUCUAUAUCGAUGUCUGUAAUUAAAGUCAUAUUCGUGUCAGAACCAGCCGGCCACAAUGCUCCAAGAAUUCUGAUAGUAGGUAUACAUAAAGCCAGGCGACUAAGAAAGCCAUGGGUUCUCAUUCCACGUCCAUCAAUACGUCACUCAUAAUAUGAAGGACGUAUGAGAAUUUCUUGACACUCCAUUUCCCCGAGUCCUUGAGCAGGUUCGCAUAAUCAAGAAGAAUCCGCCGAGCAGAUUGAUACCCACCCUGGACGGGAACGCCGCGCAAGUAGAUCGUUGCUCCAUUGCGGAUAAAAUUCACCGCUGGAUCGUUGGUCGGUGAAAAUGCCUGACUUCCCCGUGGCUCCAUAAAGCUCGUAAACCCUUCCGUGCCAACCUGUUGCCAAUCAAUAUCGUCCAUCAACUCGAUAGAGCCAACGCUGGUUAGCCCGCUAGCAGAGCUAGGAGCCAUAAAUGUGUAAAGACCAAGGAUGAGGGCCGCGGAGAAGAGCGAGAAGACUGAGUGAAAGGUAGGAUGAUCGGAGGCUUUGCGGUUGGUCAUGGCUUUGUAGAUGUGGGCGGCGUGCAAACACGCUCUCCUUGCGGCUGGUGUCUGUGACCAUUCAGCAAUGUCAUCGAGUGCUUUUCGUGCCGGAGCCGGCCCGGCACGUCCAGCAGCGAAAUCAAAGAUUUGAAUAUCGGCUGUGAGCAUCAUGCACAUAUGAUGCCACAUGACGAGGGCGUUGGGAUUCAGUCGGUCCAUUGCUUCACCGUAGGUGCUUGAGAUCUGCGACUGCAAAGAAGGAAGGCAUCUCGCGCGGCCGUCCAUAGCGUACGUGUGACACGGGGCAAAGGGAUAGCUUGCGCGAUUGGAGAGCAGGCGAUGGUAAGCUUCGGACUGGCGGAGUUGAAUCAUCGCGAGGACGGUCUGAAUACAUAGUUCAUCCAUAGGCCCUUCAAGGGCGGGGAUGUCGAUAUUUUCGGACGGCGCCAGCGCCGUGGGCAUGAGGAUUCGCUUGCCGCUGCGGAUGAGCUGGGUCCAGCGUAUAGAUGAGUGGGCCUUGAAGAGGGCUUCGUUGCAGGGCAUGAUGAUCUGGAUCGAGUCGGGGACGAUGAUAGGGCUUGUUGAGAGGAGAGCAGAAUACCAUGAGUCCAAGAGGAGCAACCCGAUUAUGAUUUUUUUGCAUGUCUCGACUUUCGACCAUGCCUUCCAGCGCAUGUCGAUGUCGGGUACCAUUUCAAAAAGGCUCAUAUCCAGUAUCUGACCCUCCGUGGCAGCGAAGAGUCCAUGGCGUUGAG